AUGAAUCUAAAAACAAAAGAAGAUACUAAAGAUACUAGUGAACAAAGAACAAGAAAAAAAAAAUACAAGCCAGAGACUACCAACUCACCUAUUCCUGUCCCGGUGUUAAUUUCACGAUCCAGAAAGCCUAAGGAAGAGAGAGAAAAAAAAAAGGAAGAUGUAAAGUAUAUAGAAACUAAAUCAUCAGAUCACUCUAACUACAAAACAUCCACAAGUUGGACCAAACCAUUUGUUCCUACUUUUUCUGCACCACCUGAAACAAAUGAUGUUAGUGUCCCAACAGGAACACCUAUAAUUCCGGGUCUCUUACCAGGAAUGACUGAAAUUCCUGCAGUACCAGGACAGGAUAUUGCCGCUGCGAAUGCUAUAUUAUUUGCAUCUGACAUUAAAAAUUCAAAUCGAGAAAUAGAAGGUGCAUUAAUAGAAACAAGCUUUAAAAGUACAAUUGGUGUCCUAUUAGAUGAUAUCUCCGAAAGCUUUGGGAUGCGCGAAAAAGUAGCAAAUUACUAUUUGAAGCAAAAUACCGAUUUUUGGAUCCAAAAGGCGCAUAUGCAAACAAUAUUUACUGAAAAUCGGCAAAUUUUUCGCAAUUUCUAUUAUUCUAAUAAGAAACAACUAACACUACCUCCAGAAGAAGUUUGGGAAUUCAACCUUGGUAAAGCUCGUAGAACGAAAAUUGGUGUUCACGAUUACAUUGCUAUGGAUGUCGAAUUUUAUUCGGUUCUUGUUACUGAUGCCAAAACCAUCAAUAGAUCUGAACCAGCUUUGGAUAAGAUUGGUGGAAAAUGGUCUGAUCAUUGGAUACUACCUGUGGAUCCUGAAUUCCUCCUGCAAAGAACUGGCUACGCGUGCGUUAACGAAAACUCGUUUCCCAAGCACACUGUUGAAAGUGAGAAUGUGUGGGUAUAUUACGAUGAUACUUGUGAAGCUGAACCACCGAAUAAAGCAAAAAAAUAUCGGUUUGGAAAUCAUACUUCUUCCUUACCUGAUUUGGUUGGAGUUCGUAAAAAUUUAUUAGAACAAACUCGCGUAGCUUAUAGAUAUUACGGAGAAAAUACCGAUCUGAUGAAAUUACAUUUUUACAGACCUGGACGUAAAGUGGGAUUUUGCCUGCAAACUACAUGGCGUUACUUUAAUACAGAAUAUACUUAUUUAAAUACUCCAUACGAUACUUGUGCUUAUCAAGGGAUCAGUGUUGGUUGGGGAGACGACUAUGUAGCAGGAUUGGGUUGUCAAUGGAUCGAUGUUACUGAUUUACCUGCACAAAAAGCUAUUUUAAGUGACAGUUUAAAUCCGGAUG